CUUCACAUCUAAUUAGAAGAAUGCUGCAAGAAAUAUCAAGCCUAUCAGAUCAGUUAGGGUCAAAUACUGACAUAUAUGCAAAUAAUAAUUCAAUGUUGCAAACUAGUUAUCGAUGCCUUCCUAACUGCAUGUGGCAUGAAACUUCAGAUUUAGUAAUAUUUAAUAAGAACCGAGGCCCACUUUGUCUGAAUAUAAAUAACAAUUUCUUGUCACAAACUGAUUGUCCUGAUGUGUUGCAAGAAACCUCAGAUCUGUUAAUAUUUGACAAUAACCAAGGUUUACUUGGCUUAAAUACAAAUAACAGUUUUUCUAUCUCUCAAAAUGAUUUUAGUGGUAAUCUACACCUUUCCAACGAUGUCGAAUUUGUUAAUACAGAUUUGAACGAAAUUGAGUAUCAAAAUAAUGUUUUAGAGUUAGAUGGUGAACCUGAGGAUGAAAUGUUAAAGUUAGAAAUUGGAAUGACUAAUAUUAUUAAGAUUAACUCAUAUGUUGACAUUCAUAACCAUGAACUUAAUUCAACAAACUAUGAAACAGUAUCACAAUUUAGGAAAUUAACGUCAGAAAUAUUAUCUGAUAUUGAAAAAACUAUUUAUCCCUUACUCAAGCAUGAUUAUUCCAACCAUCAUAUUUAUAAAAAGGAUCUAUAUAAUGCUGUAUAUAAGUUUUGGCUUACAAAUACUCCAGGUGAUUUGGACGCAUCUCAGAUGCUUCAAACAUUAUUAAAUUUUAAAGAAUCAGAUCCUUUGUGA